CGUGUCGAAACCUAGCCUAGAUUACAUGAAAUCGAUGAUGGUUGAAAAAUCGGUGUGCACCUCAGAAUCAUUCCAGAGAUCUCACAAUCUGUUCUUCUUCUUUCUAAUCCCCAUCAGUCCACACAUAUAUUUAUAUAAACCUCAGCCCCCAACAAAACAAAAAAUACUACUAUCUCCCACACCACAAAUCUUUCCCCCCCUUCAAUUUCUCAAUCAAUGUUGUAGAAUAAGGGAAGGAAGCAAAACUAUAGUAAUUAUUAUAUAGACUUACCCAAAAAAAAAUAAAAAAUAAAAAAUUCCAGUCUCACACAGUCACACACUCGCAGAAAACACACUCUUUUCUCUCUCUCUCUCCGGGGUUCAGUUCAGCCACUAAACACAGGCUGGACUCUAGUCACUCUACAAAACGUUACACAUUAACAAAAAAAUGACCGACAGAGUCUACCCUUCCGGCAAGCCUAAUGGCACCGCCGCCGCGACCACCGGCGCCACGAAUCCAGCGGCCGCCACCAACCCGCCGCAAUUCCCACCGCCGAAAUCCCAGCUGUACAAUCCCAUGCGCCAUCCCUACCGCCCAAACCCGGCUCUCCACGCGCGGCACAACCACCGUAGAUGCAGUUGCCGCCGCUGCUUCUGCCUCUGCUGCUUCUGGUCCGUACUCGUCUUCCUCAUCCUGCUCCUCCUCCUCGCCAUCGCCGGCGCCGCCCUGUACGUCCUCUACCGGCCCCACCGACCGGCUUUCUCCAUCUCCUCACUGAAGCUCUCCACCUUUAAUCUCACCACCAGCGCCGACGACACCACCAGAAUCACCACCAAGCUCAACUUCACGCUUUCCUCCAAGAAUCCCAACAAGAAGAUCACCUUUUACUACAACCCCAUCUCCAUAAAUCUGUACUCGUCCCAAGUCCUGAUUGCGAAUGGGACGUUCACGAACUUCACGAGCCCGCCCGGUGACGUCAACAUCGCCCACUCCAUCCUGGGGAUGACGUCAGAGGUGUUGGAUGUGGACUCGGUGAAGUCGCUCCGGUCAGAUCUGAAGCGGCGGAAUGGGCUUCCGAUGAGGAUUGAGAUGGAGACGAAGAUGAAGGUGAAAGUGGAGAAGCUCAACAGCAAGAAAGUUGGGAUCAAAAUCGUCUGUGACGGGGUUCACGGGAUGGUUCCCAAAGGCAACUCCACGGCGGUGGCUUCCAGUAAUAAUGCCAAGUGUAAGGUUGAUUUGAAGAUCAAGAUUUGGAAAUUCAAUUUCUAAUUCUUUUUUUUUUUUUUGUUUUUUACUAAUUUGAUCAACCAAACACUCAUCAGUUCUCUAUACGGUUCGAUUUCUCGAUUCAAUUACUCCGGCUUGAUUUUUGAUUCAAUCCUUGCUUAAUUAACCUUUUUUUUUUUUUUUGGGAAAACUUUCUUGAAGAAAAGAAGUGUUUUUUUUUUUAUCUUUAAAAUUUUCCUUUUGGGGUUUGUUUAUAGUAUUUUUAUAUAGGUGGAUUUAGUAAAACAGAGAGGGAAAAAGAAAGAGAGAAACAGGAAUGUUGGGAUGGAUGAUGAUUCAGAAAGUUUGAGGGCUUCCUAGAAUUUAGAAGAAAACGAGAGGUUGUAAUAGAAAAAUGUAAUACCUUUAUUAGUUGGAGAACUCAAAUGCAAAAUCUGCUAAUUAUUCCAGCAUAGAUGACUUCUUCUUUUUCUUCUGUCUCGUUCAUGUUCUUUUGGAUGAUUUCUUAUUUUUGCACUACUACUACCACUAGUACUAGCUUGUCAAUGUUGAUGCAAUUCGUUAAGAUUUAUGUUGUUGUCUUCUGCAUGGUUUUUUAAGUCAAUAUUUCUGUAACUGGGAAUUUGCAUGUGCUGUCUUGGAGGUUGGGAGAUUGGGAACCGUGAUUUCUUAAUAUGGAACAAACAAAAGUGAAAUUGUUGAAUUUCAGAAACUGCCUACAAUUUCAAAGUUGUCAAUUUUUUUUGUGGGAUUGUUGUUUUGCACAUGCUACAUCCCGCUAAUUGAUCACGGUGUUUUACUUUUAGCGUCUUUAUUAGCAUCAUCAAGUUUUGAAGAAAGGAAUUCGAGAUUCAUGUUGAACUAUAUCCCGCCAUUUUAUUCUUAUUUCUUUGGUUUAUUAUUGUGCUAGUUGAACUCAACGAGCCAGUUCUGCUCGAAACUGGAAUUGCGUCAGGAGUCAACCCUUGGGAUUUGAUCAAAAGAUUAUUUUGAUUCCCGCUAAAAUGAUUUUGGAAAUAUUGGCACAGUUUAAUAUCAAUUGUCAAACUCUA